GUAUAUCCCUCACUAUAUCAGAGGAGAUUUGGACUCUUUGAGAGAUGAUGUCAGAGAUUUUUAUAUUUCUAAAGUAAGCAAACAUUCGAUUUAUUCUUUUAGCAAAUAUAUUACUGAACAAAAGGCUAUUGAUAAGGGUACUGAGGUUGAACAGGAUCCGGAUCAAAAUUCCACAGAUUUCAUGAAAUGUAUUGAACUUGUUCGCAGAAAGGAAAGAGAAUCUUCUGUAAAGGUAUGGUAG